UAUUAUCCACCGGGAACCGCCCAAUGUCAAUGUCCCCGUCCCUCUCAACCCUUCACCUCCACCAAAACUGGCCGACUCGGAGCCUCUCAGGCGACGCUGCUGACCCUGGAUUGACGUCGCAAACACCGACACCAUGGCCAUUGCCAUGGGCUGGCAGAAACCCGACAAUGUCGCGGGCUCGUCGGCGCCGGCCAUCAUGGUCGGCCUCUUCGUGGCCUCGGGCGGGUUGCUGUUCGGCUACGAUACCGGGGCCAUCAACGGUAUCCUCGCCAUGACCGAGUUUAAGGAGCAGUUCGGAACAAAGUGCUACGACAGCAACCACAAGCUCGAAAUCUGCACCGAGGACUCGUCCAUCAUCGUCGCCAUCUUGAGCGCCGGCACUGCCCUCGGCGCUCUGCUGGCGGCCCCGGCUGGCGACUCGCUCGGCCGCCGCAAAACCCUCCUCCUCGCCGUCGCAAUCUUUUGCAUCGGCUCCAUCUUUCAGGUCUGCGCUCAGGCCACUGACAUGUUGUUGGCCGGCAGGUAUGUCGCGCUUCUCCACUCAGAUAACCGCUGUUAACCACUCCUCUAGAUUCC